CCUGCAGUUCUGUUGUGGGCAUGUUAGCUAUUAAAACCUGGUCAGUUUACGAGUUUCCGACGUUUUCUAUUUUAACCACGCUGGCUUAAUUACAUUAUAUACUGACUGUGCGUAUGUGCAGCUAUUAGUAAUGCGUCCUUCGACUAUAUGCCUGAGGAAAGUCAGUAUCAAAAGAACACUUGGUGUUAUUUUUUGGGAAAUCGGAUCCAGUUAUUUUCCCCCUUCGCUUUGAAUCCGCCCAUAUGAUUUGGGUGGCAGCCUUGCUCGGGGGGGCUGCACACAGAGGUCCGAUGCGUCACAUUUAUUUGGGCCUUCUGUACCCCACCGGCAAGGUAUCGUCCGAUUCUUUUCUUCCCUCAAGCAACGUCGUCUUAAUUUUGUUGGACCACGCCGAAAACUAAGGCACACAACUGCAAUACACAUGGUGUGAGCUUCUGUGGGACUUCGUAUAAUGUAACUGGAGUGAUACUCUAUUUAAAAAAAACAACACCACGCCCACAGGACAGUUCUUCACGUUUCUUGUGAACUGCCUACCACAACUGCCCACAGUCCUAUUGUGUAUCUGUUGUGAAUCCAUACAUGUACAGCGGAAGGAUGACCGAGGCAUGGCAGCAGCAGCAUGCAGUGGCCCCCCCUCCUGUUGCUCAUCCCCUCCUCCAAGGGGCUGAAAAUCCUCUUGGCAGUGCUGUGUAUGGCAUCGUCCUGCCCGCUGACCCUGCCUUACAGCAGACCCAGCAUGGUCAGCAUGCCCAGCAGCACCCUGUACCAGCCCAACAGCCCUCCCUACAAGUCGGGAGUGAGGGCGGUCAUAAGUGCGGAGCCUGUGGUCAUGAUAUUUCACAUCUGGCAAACCCGCAUGAGCAUCAGUGCAUGGUGAGCCAGGACCGCUCUUUUCAGUGCACCCAGUGCAUGAAGAUAUUCAAUCAGGCCACUGACCUGCUAGAGCAUCAGUGUGUCCAGGUAGAACAGAAACCCUUCGUCUGUGGGGUGUGCAAAAUGGGAUUCUCGCUUCUCACCUCUUUGGCACAACAUCACAAUGAGCACACGAAUGGCAACAACCCCAUGAAAUGCUCCAUUUGUGAGAAAACCUACAGGCCUGGUUCAUCCUCUUCUAACCCACAACAGGCGUCCACUGGAGAGUCCUCCAGUAGCGGAGCAGCUAUGGGCUCCUCUUCCUCCACUGCUUUCCAGGGUUCUGACAGGCCCUACAAGUGUUCAGUCUGCUCCAAAGCUUUCCGCCACCUGUCCGAACUCUCUCGCCACGAGCGGGUGCACACGGGCGAGAAACCCUACAAGUGCAACACCUGUGAGAAGAGUUUCAGCCAGGCGUCUCACCUGGCACACCACCAGCGUACCCACAGUGCCGACCGUCCUUACAAAUGUGCAGUCUGUGAGAAGACCUUCAAGCAUCGGCAGCACCUUGUGCGGCACAUGUACGCUCACUCCGGUGAGCACCUGUUCAAGUGCAACCUUUGUGAGCUUCACUUCAAGGAGUCAUCUGAACUGCUCCACCACCAGUGCCAGCCGGCAGGCGAGCGGCCAUUCCGCUGUGCCACAUGCGGCAAGAGCUUCAAACGUCCGUCGGACCUACGGCAGCAUGAGCGCACACAUUCUGAGGACAGGCCCUUCCAAUGUGAGGAGUGCCAGAUGAGUUUCAAGCAGCAGUACGCACUUGUGCGCCAUCGUCGCACGCAUAAGAACCCCGCUGACCGGCCCUUCAAGUGUAACCAAUGUGACAAGGGCUUCCUUCAGCCUUCUCACCUUCUGUACCACCAGCAUGUCCAUGGUAUUGAGAGCUUGUUCAAGUGUGCAGCUUGCCAGAAGGGGUUCAGACAGUCUGGUGAGUUGCUGAGGCACAAGUGCGGAGAGUCCAGCUCCAGUUCCAAUGCUGUCGAGAAGCCAUACAAAUGUGACGUGUGUGGGAAGGGUUAUAAAAAGUCAUCGACGCUCCAGCGGCACCAGAACUCCCACUGCACCGAGAAGCCACUCAAAUGCUCCUUAUGUGGCCGCCGCUUUCAAUCUUCAUCUGAUUUUGUGCAGCACCGCUGCGAUCCGGCCCGCGAGAAGCCGAUGAAGUGCUCGGACUGCGAGAGGCGCUUCAAAUAUUCUUCUGAGCUCCAGAGACAUCGGCGUGUCCACACGGGGGAGAAACCUUUUAAGUGCCCUACCUGUGACAAGGGAUUCAAGCAGCGGGAGCACCUGGCCAAACACGGCAUUGUCCAUUCACGCGAGGCACAGUUUAAGUGUGUCUGGUGUGGCGAGUGCUUUGGGGAGCUGGGGGCUCUACAAGAGCACACGGUUCAGCACACUGCAGAAGGAGGGGGCUAUCCAGUAGCGCCUUGCAUACAGUAGCACCUCAAAACCCUGCGUACAACUAGCUUCUCAAUCUGUUCUUGAAGCCACGUAUAGAUAGUGCUUACCUUAGAAAUAUGAUACUUGCUAGUAUGCUAAUUCUGCUACAAUGGAUUUUCAUUUGACACAAGUACAAAAUACAAGACUGGUGAUAGCUUUUUUUUUUUUUUUUUUUUUCUCUCCUUUCCUCAAGUGUAUGCAUUUAACAAUACAACCAGUAUUCUCUCUUCCAGCCAGGCCUUAAAAAGCUUAACCUGGAUAAGAACAUAAUCACAAAGCUGCAGCACAGUAAUGUUCAAGUCAUCAUAAUGGUUUGAACAACUUUUUUUCUACAUUAGUGACACAUCCUUACAUGGUAAGGACUCCUGCCUAUCAUUGUAACUACACAUGCUACACUUAGGUGGAAUAUACAGUAAAAUAACAAACAAAAGAAAACAAACAAAAAAAAAAGUUGUGGACGGUGUAAAGUAGAAGAUGAUUCUAGAUCAUGGAAUUAAAUAGGUCAAAAUGACUUGAUUAUAUGUUAAGUAUAAUCUUCGGAAUAAGAGACACAAAUAUAUCUAAAAUUCUGUUUGUGCUGUUGCAAGUGUUUGUGGCGCAUUCUGUUUUUCACUAUUGCAGUAUCACUGAACUUAAUUCCAUCAGUCUGUUAGACUUUGGCCCAGUGCUGUCAUCUCCAAGGCUGACUAAAAGUACAUGAGACACUUUUUCAAAUUGGAUUUUACUGGCUGGAACAAAUUAUCGGGGGGGCCUGUUAUGGACAAACUGGUUGCCUUUUGAUCCUGUACAACCUCAUGCUUCUUACCAGCCAUAGUUCUUGUAUAUAAGGCAACCUGCUCAGUAUAGUGACUAUGUAUCUGUAACGUAUAACUCCCAAUGCCUAACCCAUGAUGUAACAGGGUACGUGCAUGCAUGAAUAACCUAAUAUUUGUAUGUUAAUAUUUUAUGUUGUAAACUGUCACUGGUGCAUAAUUGUAUGUUCUCUUUUAGGCAACGUAAGAAGCGGUUCGUUACUUCGGAAGUGUCGGAAUUGUAUGUGAUCAGCAUAAGUGGUGAUUUCAUCCCUGUAGCUAUCAUGGGAGUUUAAACAAUUACCAGUAACACUAAUACACUGGUAUGCAUACAGUUUACAGUAACACUUUUACUUUUAAGCGGCCCAGUAACAGCAUGUCUGUCACAAUCAUUAAGUACUACUGUGUGGAGAAGAAAAAAAUCAAAGAGAAGGUUGUGUUACUGCUCAUCAAUGCUCUACUAUCUGCAAUAUUGUUCAGAAAUGGAUGUUUUGUAAUGCUAUGACUUGAGUACAGUGGUAGAAUUUAGUGUCUGUGUAUCUGCACCAUACUGUAAACUGUGUGUUAGUGAUCAUUCCUCUCUGAGGACAGGUAUUACUCUGUUACGGUGAAUCUAGUAUGAUUAUUUCCCUUUUAUAAGCAACACCAUUUAUUUGUUUGCAUCCUACACGAGAUUUAGUUGAUGAACCUAUUCCUAUGAAUCACCAUGCCUUUGAAGAGUGGUUGGUGGGCAACAUUCCAUUAAAAUUUUAUUUGUGUCCCAUUGCUAAACAAUUUGGUCAACAAAUAUUCAAAUGCACCUUGUUUGUGUUAAAUAAUACUACAGAGUAGUUUGUUAAGAAAGGUCUAAAUUUAGAAAGAAUUGCACCUUAAUAUAUUUGGUUGUUGACCGUAAUUAUUAGGAUUAAUUACACACCAAAAUUAGACAAGCAGUCUGUAUAGACGCAGUCUGUUGUAUGAACAUGAGUAUGUAUGAAAUGCAAAUUUGUUGACUCCCAUAAUUAUUUUUUUCUUCAUUAAAGCUCACAGUCCAUUGCUAGUUUUAAUAACUUUGAAUGUAAUGGAUAACCAAAGGGGACACAGCCUCUGACCGUCCCUUCAGUACAACCAUCCCUAUUCUUUGCUCACCCAACUCCCUUAAGAUGUACCUGUUUUGAAGAUGGUGGAAGGACUGAAGUUUGUAAAUGCCCUAUAUGUCAAAAACAAAAAAAAAUCCCUAUCCAUGCACAAGUCUUCACACAAGUGUAUUGUGACCUUAGGUUACAUGGCAUUAACCAAUAAAUGUUUGUAAAGACACAU